UUGAUAUCAGUUAACAUUGUGCUUUUGGGUAGACAGUGGUUAGAAAAAUGGCGCAAAGUACGCUAAGUGUAAUACUCUUAAUUUUCAAUUGUUUCCUUUUCAUUGAGAGUGUUCCAACACCUCUUGAAACUCCUGUUCGCUACGAUGGUGCUCAGUUGUGGAAUGUCGACCUAUCUGAUGAACAAACGAGACAAAUGGUUUUUGAUUUAGAAAAUGAAUUUGAUGUAUCAUUUUGGAGCACCAGCCAUGCCGAAGCCGAUAUGUUUUUGAAGAAAUCGGCAAUCGAAAGUGUUCGUCAAAUUCUUAAUAAAAAUAAUAUUGAAUAUUCGGUACGCGUUGAUGAUAUGCAAAAACGAAUUGAAGAAGAGAGUUCACAAUUGUAUGGAGAAGAAUCACUUUAUGGAAACAAUAAUAAAAGUUUAACAUGGGAUGCGUACUAUUCGUUUGACGAUAUCUUAUUGUUUUUGGACAAAUUAGUUGAAAAAUACCCGAAUUUGUGCUCUCUCGAAACGAUCGGAUACUCACACGAAAAUCGACCAUUGAAAGUUUUAAAAAUAUCGAACGGAAAUUCAGGAAAUAAGGCCAUUUGGAUUGAUGGUGGAAUUCAUGCACGUGAAUGGAUUAGCCCGGCAUCGGUAACAUACAUUGUGAAUGAUUUGGUUGAAAAUUGGAACAAUCAACCUGCAUAUAUUCAAAAUGUGAAUUGGUAUGUGUUGCCAGUUCAUAACCCAGAUGGAUACGAAUACACCCGCAAAUCCGAUCGUAUGUGGCGUAAGAAUCGCUCAAAGAAUAACAAUAAUCACUGCUUGGGUGUUGAUUUAAAUCGCAAUUACGGUUACAAAUGGGGUGGAAAAGGAACAUCAUCAAACCCAUGUUCGGAGAUAUACGCUGGAAGUGGUCCCUUCUCAGAACCUGAAUCAACUGCCGUCAAAAAUUUCGUAGAAACUUCCGAAGAAAAUUUUGAUGCAUUCCUUACCUUCCACAGUUAUGGUCAAUGGAUUUUAUAUCCAUGGGGUUAUGAAAACCACAUUCCAACUGAAGACCGAGAUGAUUUGGAUUCAGCUGGCCGACAAGCCGCAAAGAGUAUGAAAGCUGUUGACAAGCAAGUUUAUACCGUCGGCAACUCAGCAGAUUUGUUGUAUGCAGCUGCUGGUGGAUCAGAUGAUUGGGGAAAAAGCGUUGGAAUUAAAUACAGUUAUACAAUUGAAUUGCGCGACAAAGGACGUUACGGAUUUGUUUUACCGCCCAAAUAUAUAUUGGCCACUGCCAAAGAGGCCCAUGCAUUUGUUUUUACUUUUGCACAAAUUAUUGCCGCCAACUAAAUGCAAAAUUACUCAUUUAAUUCGGUCGUUAUUAGAUACAUUUUGCCUGCAAAUCGAAACAAUACCGAAAUGAAAUGUUUUUUUCUUUCUUUGUAGUUUUAAAGCAUUUAUUUUUAUUCGAUGCUUCUA